CAAUUCGCCCUCAACCCAGACAGCUCAUGUGCGUUUUGAUUUGUUCUUUACUGCAAUUUGUUUCAAGCCUUGCGGGCUCGGACUCGACUCGCGAGAACGGCCAACUUGUCUCCGUAUACAAAGGGAUUUAGGAAAAUCCCCCACCCCACCCUCUUCUAUAAAUAUGAAAUACCACCUCCCUCCCACUUCCCCUUACAAGCAAAACCAGACACACUCUUGAACCCCACCUUUCCUGUCUCUCUUCUCUUAGCUCCAUUUCUCUCAAAGCCUCUCCAAUGGGGGUCCCAAGCUGCUCUCUCUCCAAUGCUCUCUUCCUCCUCCUCUCUUCUUUCUCCCUCUUUGUGCACAGUAUUUUCGGGGACUCCGAUUGGGAGAGUGCGCAUGCCACGUUCUACGGUGGCGGCGAUGCAUCGGGAACAAUGGGAGGUGCUUGUGGCUAUGGCAACCUCUAUAGCCAAGGUUAUGGCACGAGCUCCGCCGCCCUUAGCACGGCACUGUUCAACAAUGGCCUCAGCUGUGGGUCGUGCUACGAGUUGAGGUGCGACGACGACCCCAAGUGGUGCCUGCCGGGGACCAUUGUGGUCACUGCCACCAACUUCUGCCCUCCAAAUUAUGCCCUUGCCAACGACAAUGGAGGGUGGUGCAACCCCCCUCGCCAGCACUUUGACUUGGCCGAGCCUGCCUUCCUCCGGAUCGCUCAAUACCGUGCCGGGAUCGUGCCCGUGUCCUUCAGAAGGGUGCCAUGUGUGAAGAAGGGUGGGAUUAGAUUCACCAUUAAUGGUCACUCUUACUUCAAUUUGGUCUUGGUCACCAAUGUUGCGGGUGCCGGCGACGUGCAUGCCGUGUCCAUCAAGGGAUCCAAGACUGGCUGGCAGGCGAUGUCACAAAACUGGGGACAAAACUGGCAAAGCAACGCAUACCUCGAUGGACAGAGCCUCUCCUUCCGAGUCACCACCAGCGACGGGAGGACCGUCACCAGCUACGAUGUCGUGCCCGCCGGCUGGCAUUUCGGGCAGACCUUCGAAGGGGACCAAUUCUAAAGCGUCCAGGACUUGCUAGGCUAAUUAUCGAUAUUUUUUCUUUGUCGCACCAUUUGCAUUGGUUUUUAAUAUUGGAUUAAGUAGGAAGAAGCCUAUUGUGUUGUGUUGAGAGGUUUGGCUAUAUAUGCUGGGGUAGCUUUCACUAAGCACCCGCAAUGCCUACUACUCGGUAUAUAUAGAUGGAUACGGAUAGAUGUAUAAUUGUUUUCGGCGUCUUAUUGGUACAUAGGUUUGCCUUUUGGAAAGAUGCCAAGGCUAGGGAUUGUAGGCAUAGGGAAGUUGGGUGGUCUAGUUUGUUUGGUAGCCCUCGGUCCUCAUCGCAUGGAUCUAGAUGUCUGUGGGGACCAAACUCUUGUACUUCAAGUAUGUUUGUGAGAAUGCUAUUGUAGACCGCUAUUUGUGUAACAAAGUGUUCUAUAAGUAUUACAGAGGUUUGUUAUUUUUCAUUC